AUGGCUGCCACUUCGAAAUCAGGUCACAGCAUCCUAAUCGUGAAUCCAAACACGACCCAAUCAAUGACCGAUGCCUUGAAGCCAAUAGUAAACAGUCUCGGCUACAACACACAAAACUAUACCUACUUCACAGCCCCCACCGGUGUCCCCUCGAUAAACAGUACCCAGGACGGCACAAUCUCAACCGAAGCCUGCUACACCCCCCUCCUCACCCUCCUAGAAACCCACGACGCAGUCCUAAUAGCCUGCUACUCCGGCCACCCUCUGGUCCCCGCCCUCCGCACAUACCUCUCCUCGCUCCCCGCCACCACCUCAGCAGUGAAAUGCCGCUACAUAACCGGGAUCCUAGAAACCUCCAUCGCCGCCUGCCUUCCCCUACUAUCUCAGGACCAGAAAUUCGGGAUAGUGAGUACAGGUGCUCAAUGGGAAGGUCUGCUUAAUUCCGCUGUUCGUGGUUUUCUCGGAGUGGAGGCUAGUACUAGGUUUGCGGGGACGGUGACGACAGGGUUGAAUGCUAAUGAGUUGCAUGAGGUUUCGAAGGAGGAUUUGGAUAGGAGCAUGAAGGGGGCGGUGGGGGAGUUGCUUGGGAGGGGUGUUGGGGCGAUUUGUCUGGGUUGUGCGGGGAUGGCGGGGUUGGAGGAGGUGGUGAGGGAGGCGUGUGUUGAGAGGCUUGGGGGGGAGAAGGGGAGGCGUAUCAUGAUUGUUGAUGGGGUUGCUAGUGGUGUGGUGUUGCUUGAGGGUGUGCUUCGGUCGAAGUUGUAUUGA